UUUAUAUCUGUAUCGUUAAUUAUCAAAAUCAGUUGUGACUUUAGCGAGGGAUGAUACUGCGCUGCAGAACUGGUUCACAGAGGAGGAAGAUAAAGCUUUGUACCAGCGGGGCUACUCCACCUGCCUGCCUCACAGGACUCAGCUGCUGUACAAAAUUAAAUCGUAUCAUCCUAACAGGUUACAUGUGAUUUUCUGUCAGUCUGAUUUUAGGAUAUUAAAAUCUCUCUGGCGAGAGUAGAGAAAACUGUUUAAGAACAGUACUGGUUGCCGGUUCUAACGCGUGCAUUGAUAACGACGUGGUAUCAGGUUACACCUUGGUUAAACCCAGUCUCCCUGCCCCGUCCAGUGCAUUCCAGUUCUCUUACACAUCGGGUAUCUGCUACUGAGACGGAGUUGAAAUUUUCAGUGAAGUUAUUUCCACCAAAAUGAAAUUCUGGAAGCUGUCGUGCCUGAUCGCUGUGGUUGGAUGUUCUAUUUCGAUUGAGGCUCAGGAUGCAUCAUACAAAGUCGUCACAUUACUGGCUCCCCCAUGGGUGAUGGAACGUGACGGUGGUCGACGUCAGGAGGGCUUCAUGAUUGACCUGUUGGAGAAGGUGUCCAGGGUAGCGGACUUCAAUUUCUCUCUUGCCUUUGUCAAGGACGGCAAGUACGGCAGUGAAAUGGGAGGAAGAUGGGACGGGGCAAUAGGCGAACUCCUCGCUGGAGAAGCUGAUAUUGCAGCAAUGCCGAUGAUUGUGACGGAGAAGCGACAGUCAGUAGUUGAUUUUUCUACACCCAUUAUCAACAGCGGACACAGGAUACUUAUAAAAAAGCCAGUCACACACAACGAUCCAUUAAAGGUAUUGUUUGAACCCUACUCACUUCCGGUGUGGAUUUUAGUGGUGGUCAUCUCGUGGCUCAUGGGCGGGGUCCUUAUUAUCAUCAACAAAUUUAGUCCAUCAGAAUGGGGUCAGUUACCCGAACACGAGGAUCCGACUUUUUCCAGGAACAGCUUCGCAGCAAACAACGCUUUCUUCUUCGUUCAUAGUACGCUGACUUGGCAAGGGUACAAAGAGGUACCGAAGUCACCAGCUGGAAGGAUUAUUGUCUGUAUGUGGUUCAGUUUUAUCUUCUUCAUGAUCAUUGCCUACACUGCUAACCUCACGGCGUUACUGAUCGCUAGAGGACCAAACCAACAAACCGUUCCUUUCAAAACAUUCCAUGAAAUGGCAGCACAAACUCUGACUCCAUACGGGACCAUGCAGAACGUCCAUCUGAUCAACAAGCUGAGGGACUCAAACGACCCAGUAUUUCAUAAGAUACUGGCUUACAUGAACCUCGGGGAUAACAACUUUAAACAAAUUAGUGAUGCCAUACAGAGAAUUAGAAAUUCGCCUAACGGGUAUGCUGCAAUUGUUGAGAGUACGGAAGCCGACUACAUCGCAUCUAAAAACUGCGACCUCAUGUUGGUCGGAGAAAUGAUCAGUAUUAGUCAGAUUGGAUUUGCAUGUAGCAAGUCUACAAGAGGGUUGUGUAACGAACUUUCGGAGGCUGUUAGGGAAAUACGAGAGGAUGGGAGCAUGUACAUGCUAUACAGUAAAUGGUUCACCAGUGGGCUUUGUACACCGCCAAACUUGGACGACUACAUCAGUCGACAAGAGACGGCUAAGAUUACAGCCCGACCUCUCACGCUGGCCGAUCUCUCACUCGCCUUUGUGGUUCUCCUGUUUGGCCUUGUUGUCGGGGUGAUUAUGCUGGUGGUUGAAAUACUGGUACACAGGUACAGGAAAAAGAAGGCAGGCCGAAACAUGGAGCCCGUCCGCAUGACAGCCGCCAACGGACGAGGCCAAUCUGAAACACCCGACAACGAUGAGAGUGACAAAGCUCCGAUUGCAGCCGCGGAACCGUGAUGCAUGUGAACGACAAUCAGUGUGCUUAUAUGUGUAUCUACAGGGUCAACAUUACAAAAGCCAAAAUACUCAUAAUGUGUUUUCAAAUUUAAGUUUUUUGGGAGUCAAACAAACUCAGAGUACCACCAACAUCAAACUCUGUUUAUUAGGAGCUACAUUAGUGAUACUAUGUGGGAUCAUCUAUCAGUGACUUCAAUAAUUAACGAUACAGAAUUACUGGGAAUUCGUCAUAAACGAGAACGACAGAAAUUAACAUCAAGUGACACAGUGUCUUAUUUAGAAAGAUAUUUCGUUCAUUUUUUAAUCGCUUGUCACUAUUAUGAAAUUAAGUAUUGUGACCACGCAUUAGAAAAAAAUUCGGAAAGCCUCAGCAAAUGGGAACCAAUAUAGGUGUUCGUAUGUAAUGUAACAGUGAACGCAAAUUAAUGUAUAUCAAGAAAGCAAAAUAUCGACAAUUUUGAUAGUUCAAUAUCCUUAUUGUUCUGUUCAGUGUGGAACGUGUCGAUCAUUUUAGAACAGAACAAAAACGUUUUAUAAAAAGUCCUAUACAGAAUGAUUGAGUCCAAGGCACAAUUAAAUAGUCAUAAAUGCCAAAUAUAUUUUCAGAGAAGAUGCACAUUCACUAAGGGUAAGGACAUUAGAAUAACUCCAGGUAGACACUGCCGCGUCCUAGUGACGUUAACAAGGGUUUCACGACGCAAUCAUCACACAUUGCCGAUAUCUGUAUAACAGCGUAAAACAUAGGUAUUAUAUAGGUGUGAUUCGUCUGCUUUCAUAAACAAUUUUUAAUUUGGUUAAAGUUUAAUAUUAUGACACAGAUUUAGGUUUACGGUGCAAACUUUGGGCUGCCAUGUCAACAUAUUCAGGUGUUGUGUCUACAGCAUUGUUGUAUGUACACGUUAUUCCUUGUAAACAUAUAUAUUUUUGUAUAUAAUGAAACCAUCAAUCUGAUACUUCGCAUGUCUACAGCAUUGUUGUAAUAUAGCAAGGACGUAAUCAACCAAGCGGGAGAUAUAAUGUGCCGCUUCUUGUAAUGUUAACAAGCUUCAUGUCUAUCUAGAUGAAAUAAUGUUAUAGCACAACGUGGCCUCUCCAGUAAUCUCAGUCCGGGGCUGUCCCUUUCAUUUUAUAUCUACAGAAAUUAUUAACGACAUAGAAACACUUAACUAUAUAGAGAUAUAGGUACAGGUGUACCUAUCUUCUCACGUACCGGUACAGGUGUGUUCAUAUCUACACACGUCCGGUACUGGUGUGUUCAUAUCUACACGCUUACCGGUACAGGAAGGAGUGUUCAUAUCUACACACAAACUGGUACAGGUGUAUUCAUAUCUUCACACGGUACAGGAGUGUAAUUUUGUAUGCACGGACCUGUACUUUUCUGCACGCGUAUCUGUACAAAGAUUAUGACUGUAACAAACUACACAUGUAUAUUGUACUUAUACAAGUGUUUUUUUUCAACUAGAUAUACGCUGAAGUGUGCUCUAUCUUACUUUUUAGAAAAGUGUGAAAUACGUGAUCAAUGAACCCGUAUGCAUUAAGUGUAAGAAAUCUGUAUGUUGGAGUGUCCGUAUUAUACUCUCAUUGGCCAAACCUAUCUUUAUCAAUAAUCCAGCUGUUUAUUUAUAUCAAUAUAUUUUACGACGUGAAAGAUUUGCAUGAUUGCUAUACAUUACAGAAUAGUGUAUAUUGUUUUGAUAUUGUAAUUGCAUUAAAACAGUAUACUUAUCAA